CUUCGCCGCAUUAUAUACUCCGUAUUUACGAUCCUUCCUUCUUCGUGGCAAUGGAGUUGCCGCCAGCCCUCUUAGUUUAUCUCCUUCCCUUCUUUCUUCGAUCGGAUGCCGACCAAACCCAGGGAGCUCACCGGAGGAAGUUCUUCACAAGUUAAAUUGGGGAUUUCUUCAUCAAUUAAUUGUAAUUUGUCUUCAGUUGGAUUGAGAAGAUGCUGCUCCAUUGGUCCUCUACCGCUGGUCGCUGCCAGAGUCACUGGUAUGUCGGUUGAUUUGUCCUGCUCGCCGACGGGAAAUGCUGCUCCAAAACUUCCAAACUAUUGGAUUGAGGAUAAUUAGGCGUUGAAUUGAAAUUAUGAAAAUAGGCCACCUGGACUGGAAAAAAAAGAGCUGGAUGUUGGAAGAAACUCGAAGAAACUAGAAGAAACUGAAGAAUGGGAAGAAACAUCAUCUAGCGCUUCCCUCCGUAUCCUUAUCUUCUUCAUCACAAUCUUUUUAGCAUACAUCUAUGUCAUCUCUCUCUGUCUCUUUGAACACCAUCGUAUGUUGUUUCUAUGUACAAUUAUGCAAAUGAAAAUGUAGAAAUAAAGUGAGUCCUCUCUCAUUCAAAUUUUCUUAUAAAUGAAGUGAAAAAAUAUAAUAUUAAGAAAGAAUACUCUACUAA